AGUUUGCGCAAUGCCGCUCCGCCGCACGCAUCGCAAAUCAAGACACGGCUGCAAAGCAUGCAAACAGCGGAGAGUGAAGUGCGAUGAGGCGCGGCCGGUCUGCUCCAACUGCAGGCAGCGACAGGAAGACUGCGAAUAUGUCACCGAGGCCUCGUUCAUCUGGGCCGGGGACAACGCUCCUCGCCGCGGAAGAAGACGCGUCGCACCCCCUGAUCUGACGGGAGAAGAUUCUUCUGCCACUCCAGAGACACCCUUUCGUCUUCUGGAUAGACCGUUCAGCCAUGAGACCCCCUUCCUGAAUCCGCCGCUGGAUAUGACCCAGCUGAGGUUGCUUGUUAAUUGGCAGCACGAGACCUGCCAAUUCUUCUCCCGCAACACAGAGACCCGAGUGGUAUGGCAGAUCAAUCUUGUUGACGAAGCGCUCAGGGCACCGCCCCUUAUGCAUGGUAUCCUAGCAGUGUCAGCGUUGCACCUUGCUCUUUCAAAUCAGGGACAAGAACAAGCUUUCUGGCUGGGUCUCGCCACGGCGCAUAAAGGCCAGGCGCUGCAGGCACUUCGCGAGGGUCUGAACAAUGUCACCCCUGACAACGCUCGGUCGUUGAUGGGGUUGUCCGCCUUGGUUGUGGCCUAUGCAUUCGGCUCGGCCCUGACGAGCGCUGCUGGCUCGGGCUCAGACUCGGACAAACCUUCACUAGCUGCGCUCAACAAUGUCUUCGUCCUGUGCCGUGGUGUCCAACAGAUCACAAGAGCAGCUUUUGCCUUCCUUCGACAGAGUAAUUUCGCGCCGCUCUUCAGCACGGGCGAUCAGUCCGUCGCCAUUCCAGAUCAUGUCAAAGAACCCCUGGACUAUCUGGAUCAUCUGAACACAGAGUUUUUAUAUGCUGGAGACCACGACGCCGCAACGUACACGCUUGUAAUUGAGGCGCUGCGGGGUCUCUCUGGUCACUCCUUCUCUCAGCCCAACUCAAUGACAUUGCCGGUUGGGUGGGCAAUCAGGGUGUCUCCAAAGUAUCUAGAAUACCUGCAAGCGAAACGCCCGUUUGCACUGGUUGUCUACGCCCAUUACUGCGCGUUCCUCCAUCUAGCACGCGGGAACUGUUUCUUGCAAGGAUGGGGUCGAUCUGUACUGGAAGAUAUAUUGGAGCUGCUGGACGAGGACUGGAAGGCGUAUAUCAAAUGGCCUAUUUCUGAGGUGCUUGGCGAAGGUAUAAUGCUGUCCCAAUCGGCGCUACCCUUAUCAACGACCUGA